CGCGACAGGUAUCUGUGGUAGAUGCGCGGCAAACGGCGUCGAGUAACGACGUCUCUUCGGUUGUUUGUGUCUAAAAGAAUUUGUUGGCACGAAUGACGCCGGUAAAAUUAUUACAACUCGAUUCUUCUAUUUUUAUAGUGGCAUUAAACAGUGAUGUGGUGUGAAAUGUGUUAUUCGUACUAAUCUUCAAGCUUUGGGAAAUCUCUUGCUGGAGAAUCUUAGGUACAGCAGCAUCGUAAACAGGCAUAAUGAAUAAGGAAGGAUAGUAAGCUGCUGACGGAAGAAGAAACUAGAUUGUCAACUGUUAUAUUACGUAGAAGACAAUCCAAGGACGUAAGGAAUACAGUUACACCGAAGGAAGCGAAAAUGGGCUGCGCUUCGCAGUGUGCCAAAUACUUUCUUUGUUUUUUCAAUUUCGUUUUCUUUGUAGCCGGAGGAGCUGCGUUGGCCGUUGGAAUUUGGCUGUGCGCCGAUAGCAGUUCUUUUGCUGAUGUCAUCGGCAAGCUUGACCAGUCAGAUAUUCUGACGAAAACGGAUGCGGAUGUCAUCAAGAUAAUAUCGUACAUCUUGAUUUUGGCAGGAGCGCUUACCUUUCUGAUUAGUUUCUUAGGUUAUUGCGGAGCUAUGUUUGAAUCUCGAUGCCUUCUCUGCGUUUACGGUGUUCUUAUUCUUCUGAUCUUAAUUCUGGAAUGUGUUGCAGUAGGUUUAGCUUUUGGACUUAAAGGGGAUGCGGAAAAAACUACGCAAAACUUUCUCAAGACCACAAUUAAAUACUAUGCCAGUAACAUUGAUAAAGCAGAAACAGUAACAGUUGCUUGGGAUGGUAUAAUGACUCAGCUUCAUUGCUGUGGAGUAGAUAAUUAUUUGGACUUUAGGGAGAGUGCAAACUGGACAUCGUCGGAUAAAGUCGUUCCUGAAGCAUGUUGUAUGAAGGAAAACAAUAUGUUGAAAGAUCCAACCUGCCCUAUCAACCCCACUUCUUCUAAUUCCUAUUAUCAACAGGGUUGUUAUAAUGCAAUAAUGAGGACAAUCGAAGCGAACAAGGCAGUAGUAAUCGGUGUCGCGAGUGGACUAGCACUUGUCGAAAUUCUGGUCAUCAUUUUAGCUUUACAUCUAGCCUGCUGUUAUUGGCGACCACAACACGGUAGGCUUGCACUUUUCACUGACGCCUCUAAAUGAAUCAAAUGAAUAUUCUUUUGGAAGAGUGAAUAAGAACAAUUACUAAUAACACGAAGAACGAUUAGAAAGAACUAUUUUCUAUGAAAGACAAUUUAAAGAAGUUGAAACACGUUUCUCGUGAAAACUUAAUAAAAACGUUCUUUUAGCUUGCGUCGACAUGUCGUCGAAACAGGCUUGGUGAAUUAACAACAACGGAGAUGUUGUAUUUGCAUUUCUCAAGUAAGACUUAGAAAAUUAAGUUACUUUGAAACUUUUUCCAAUUCAAGUAAACCUCAAUUAGUAUAAUUAUUUUCUUUUGAUCGAAGAGGACGUACGAUCAUUUUUCUCUUGAUAAAAGAAUCAAUGUUAAAGAAAAAAGAAAUAUAGAAAUCAUAAUUCAAAUAAUUUUGAAUAAUGAUCAUUAAAGUCGCUAUCUUCUGUUAUUGAAAUUGUAAUUGAUUAAGUUUUAUAAUAAUUAUAUUAAAAAUAAAUUAUCGUUAUUUAUGUAAUAAGUUCAUAUAUUUACAGUUAUGUAAACAGAAUUACUUAUUUAAAAAGUUAAAAACUUAGAGAAAGUAGAUUUUGUAUACUUAUGCAGUAGUAUAAUAGUGUAGUAUAACUUUUUAUAUUUUUCUUACGGUUGUGCAAUUUUUGCAAAUACUUUAAAUGAUAACGAACUUAAGCAGUUCACGCAAUCAUUUGUGCAUUCACAUCGCGCACACAAAACAUUUUCGUUUGCAGUUUUAACUUGUUGGUGCUGCUGUUGACCCGAUACACUAAACAGCGAACUCUUCGCACCUUCGUGGCUCCUUUCUUCACAGAAGUGAAACAUUCGUUUAAGCUUACUAGAAACUAGCCCAGGAUACAUAUUUUCGUCAUCUACAUUAUUAUAUUUUGUUGCUUUUUUAAAAAGUUCAACAAACAUUUCGACAUAUCUUAGUAUAUAUAAAUAAAAA